AUGGCUGUGUUGGGGAAUAUCCUCUUGGUGUUCCUGAUAGCGGCUUUCAGCAGCUGCAUGAGCCUGGAGCAUGGACACAAAAAGCUGCCGUUGGACACUUUUGCUGCGCACUCCUCGCAAAAAAGUGUUCCAGACGUCGGGAAGAUGAGUGACCUCAGAAACAAUUACCAAACUGUGUGGGACAAGUUCAGAGGUCAAAGUGAAGCUGAUCGAGAUGCUUUCCUGACUGACUCAUUCCCUGCUGGCUUCCAGUGGGCCACAUCCACUGAGUCCUUCAAGGUUGAGGGAGGAUGGUCAGAGGGAGGAAAGGGUGAGACCAUUUGGGACCGCUUCGGGCAUGAAGCUCGAGCUUUUGAAAAUCAGACUGCUGACACAGCAUGUGACAGUUACCGCAAGGUGGAUUAUGAACUGUACCUCCUGCGAGGUCUUCAAGUCAACACCUUCCAGUUUUCUAUCUCCUGGGCCCGCAUUUUCCCUUCAGGCCACAAAGACAGCCUAUCAGAGGAUGGGGUUCUCUACUAUAACAGCCUCAUCGACGCUCUCAUUGAAUCAGGCAUCAAACCUAUUGUCACUCUCUACCACUGGGAUCUGCCCCAGGUUCUCCAGGACAGAGGUGGGUGGACUGACGCUUCCAUUGUUGAGGCCUUCAAAGAGUAUGCAGAUUUUUGUUUUUCUGAAUUUGGGGACCGGGUCAAGACCUGGAACACAUUCAGUAGUCCCUGGGUGGUGAGCCAUGCUGGAUAUGGCACCGGUGAACAUGCUCCUAGUGUCAAGGACUACGUGACUGCAGCCUAUCAGGUCACUCACAAUAUUCUGAAGUCCCAUGCUGAAGCCUGGCAUGUCUACAAUGACAAGUACAGAACGGCACAACAAGGUCAAGUGGGCAUCGCAUUAAACGCUGACUGGGCAGAACCAGCAGAUCCCCACAAAUCUGAAGAUGUUGCUGCCACAGAGCGCUACCUUGAGUUUAUGCUGGGCUGGUUUGCACAUCCCAUAUUUGGAGCCGGAGACUAUCCUUCAAUUCUGAAAACUCAAAUUGAAGAGAAAAGAGCAGCAUGUCCAUCCUCUGUGCCUGCAAUCCUACCAACAUUCACUUCUGAAGAGAUGAAGAGAAUCGCCGGCACGGCUGACUUUUUUGGACUGAACCAUUACACCUCCCGGGUAAUCACACACAAUAAUGGUGGCUGCGUCGCAGGUCCUGAGGGGGUGGGUGACUUCAGAUCAGCUGUGCACCCCUCAGGGAAUGCCACAGCCUCUGACUGGAUCUCCUCUGUGCCUUUUGGCCUGAGAAGGCUUCUAAACUACAUUUCAACAGUGUACUUACAAACUAGGAAAGUACCCAUCUAUAUAACUGGGAAUGGGAUGCCAACAGAGAACACUGGGGACGUCAUCAAUGAUCAAAGCAGAAUACAGUACCUGAGGAGCUACAUCAACGAGGCUUUGAAAGCUGUAAAACAGGACAGUGUAGACGUGCAGAGAUUUACUGUACAGUCACUUCUGGAUGGCUUUGAAGGCCCACAAGGCUACAGCGAGCGUUUUGGUCUGCAUUAUGUCAACUUUGAUGACCCUGACAGACCCAGGACCCCAAGACAAUCUGCCUACUUUUACUCAGAGGUCAUUGAGAAAAAUGGUUUUGCUCCACAAAACACAGUCUUUCAUAGUUCACAAGGGAAAUACCUGAAGUCAGAUAAAUUAGAACCAUUGCCACCCUCCACUGUCCCAUCCAGCGCCAAAGAUGUUUGGAGUAGAUUCUCAGGUCAAUCUGUUUUGGACAUUAAGAAAUAUUACUAUGGCACUUUCCCAGAUGACUUCAGCUGGGGUGUUUCAACCUCAGCUUACCAGAUUGAAGGUGGCUGGAAUGCUGAUGGGAAAGGGCCCAGUGUCUGGGAUACCUUUGCUAAUGCACAAGGUAGUGGUAUCCCUGAGGACGCCACUGGAAAUGUAGCCUGUGACAGUUACAACAGAUUCAGUGAAGAUCUUUACAUGCUGCGAGGUCUGAGGGUCAACUCAUACAGAUUUUCUAUUUCCUGGUCCAGGAUCUUUCCUAAUGGAAGGCUUUCCUCCCUGAACCAGAAAGGCGUUGACUACUACAACAAUCUCAUUAACAGCCUUGUAGCAGCAAAUAUCUCCCCUAUAGUAACACUUUAUCAUUAUGACCUCCCUACUGCUUUGCAAACUGAGCUGAAUGGCUGGGAAAAUCCUGAGAUGAUUAAUAUUUUUAAUGACUAUGCUGACUUCUGUUUUGCCACUUUUGGAGACAGAGUGAAAUUUUGGAUAACUUUCCAGCAGCCUUACACAAUUGCUUGGUUAGGAUAUGGAACUGGACAGUAUCCUCCAAGGAUUACAAAUCCAGGAACAGCACCAUACCAAGUUGCACACAACCUGAUUAAAGCUCACGCUACAGCUUACCAUACAUAUGAUGAUAAGUACCGUGCUUCCCAAGGUGGCAAAGUCUCCAUUGCCCUGAAUGCUGAGUGGUUUGAGCCUACUGACGCUAAUAAUCCCCGUGAAGUCGAUGCUGCUGACCGUGCAAUGCAAUUCCAAUUAGGUUGGUUUGCCCACCCCAUUUUUAAGAAUGGUGACUAUCCUGAUGCAAUGAAGUGGCAAGUUGGAAACAAAAGUGAACUCCAAGGUCUGUCAGAGUCAAGAUUACCUUCCUUCACUUCAGCUGAAAAGGUCAUAAUCAGGGGAACUGCUGAUGUGUUUUGUACAAAUCAUUAUACCUCAAGAAUAGCAGGCCAUGCAAUAAACGCAAUUAACCCCCCAUCCAUGGAGAAUGACUAUGACUUCACACUGACCGAAAUGUAUGAUCAACCAACCACGCCUAUCCCAAAUGUGAGAUCUGUGUCUCAUGGCUUGAGAAGGCUCCUCAACUGGAUCAAAGAGGAAUAUGGAAAUCCAGAGAUUUACAUUACUGAGAAUGGAGAGGCUUCUAAUAUUGUGACCAUAUAUGAUGACCCGGACAGAAAUUUUUUCUUCCAAACUUACAUUGUUGAGGCUCUAAAGGCUCAUAAUCUGGAUGGAGUGAAUGUGAAAGGCUACGUGGCAACAUCUCUCAUGGAUUCCUUUGAGUGGACCAGAGGAUACCAACAAUGGUUUGGUCUGCACUAUGUAGAUUUCAAAAAUCCCAACCUGCCAAGGACGCCAAAGCGCUCAGCACAUUUAUACGCUGAUAUGAUAAAGAAUAAUGGCUUCCCAAUUCCAGAGGAAGAGAAAUUUCUUUAUGCUAAUUUUCCUGAAGACUUCCGCUGGAGCACUGCCAGCUCUGCUCAUCAGAUUGAAGGAGCCUGGAGAACCAAUGGAAAAGGAAUGAGCAUCUGGGAUGAGUUUUCUCACACUCCUAACAAGGUGGACGCUGGUGAUACUGCCGAUCGUGCCUGUGACAGCUACAACAAGAUUGCCGAGGAUGUGCAAGUGCUCAAGACGUUGAAAGUUUCAAGCUAUCGAUUUUCCAUCGCCUGGCCCAGAAUCCUCCCUGAUGGCACGAACAAACACAUCAGUGAAGAGGGAGUGAACUACUACAGCAGAUUGAUCGAUGCCUUGAUUGCAGAAAACAUCGAACCACAGGUUACCUUGUACCACUGGGACCUUCCAUUGCCUCUCCAGAAAGUGGGAGGCUGGGAGAAUGAAACCAUCGUCCAGCGUUUCACAGAAUAUGCUGAUGUUGUGUUUAGCAGACUCGGACACAAAGUGAAGUUUUGGAUCACUCACAAUGAACCGUACAUUGUGGUCAACCUUGGCUAUGGAUAUGGCAAUUUUCCUCCAGGUAGGGUAAACAGGCAGUAUAUUGCAGCUCACAACCUGAUCAAGUCCCACGCUGAGGUUUGGCAUCUUUAUAAUGACAAGUAUCGUGCGACACAAAAGGGACUCAUCUCCAUCACCCUCAAUUCGGACUUCUCAUAUCCAAGAAAUAAGUACAAGAAUGAGGACUGGGUUGCAGCUGAACGAUACAUGCAGUUCUUCCUUGGCUGGUUUGCUCAUCCCAUCUUUGUUGGCGAUUAUCCUGAGAUGAUGAAAACACGCGCUCGUGAAAGAAGCCUUGCUGGAGGACUUUCAGAAUCUCGUCUUCCAGAGUUCACCCCUGAGGAAAUCCAGAGGAUCAAGGGGACUCAUGAUUACUUUGGCCUGAACCAUUACACAUCAGUUCUUGCAUUCCCAAUCACCGUUCCACCUGAGUUCCAGGAUUAUGAAGCCGAUAAGGAAGUUGCAGUCAUUUCUGACCGUGCUUGGAUUGAAAGUGGCUCCCCCUGGCUGAGGAUCACACCAUUUGGAUUCAGGAAACUCCUCAAAUUCAUCAAGGACAACUAUGGAAACCCACCAAUCUAUGUGACCGAGAACGGGGUUUCGGAACGGGGAGAGGUGGACUUAAACGACGCUCACAGAUCAUACUAUUACGAAAACUACAUUAACCAAGCCUUGAAAGCCCGUCUUGUGGAUGGAGCUGAUGUGAGAGGAUACACCGCCUGGUCAUUAAUGGAUAACUUCGAGUGGCUUGCUGGCUACAGUGAGCGUUUUGGACUUUUCUAUGUGAAUUUCUCCGACACCAGCCUUCCACGAAUCCCCAAAGCAUCAGCAUCUCGUUAUGCCACCAUCAUCAAGUGCAACGGUUUCCCAGAUCCAGCCAGUGGACCCCAUGAGUGUUUGAAACCUGAUGUCACAACUACUCCCAGACCUUCUACUGCUACAACUGCUGCUCCUGGAACUACUACUCCUCGAACUGCUGCUCCUGGAACUACUACUCCUCGAACUACUCCUGGUUCGGCUGUUUCAACUACUCCUGGUUCCACUACUGCUACUACUACUAGUUCUGGUACUCAACUUCCCACUUGGGAUUCCCCCGGUCUGCACCAGUUCUCAGCGCCAGCCGAGUCGACCCGCGGCUCCGGGCGGGGGAGCCGUGGGUCCGCGGCUGGGGAGAUCCGCGGGAAGGGCCCGGCGCGCAUCCAGAGUCGCCGCUGCCGACCCGACCCCCUCCGAAACCGAUCCGCCUUCCGCGGCGGCGUCAGACACCUCCCCGCGGAGGAACCCCCGCAACCCCCGGGGAGAAGGCCUCCCACGGGCCCGGGGUGA